AUGGUCUGUCGAAUUCGAUGCGGAAGCCACCGCGCAAGUUCGACCGUGCGGGUGCUCGUGCUCGGUAAUGGCGCGUCUGGCGCGGAGAAGCAGGCGCUAGCGCUCGGAGACAAGCUGCGUCGUCAUCGUCUACUCAAGAACACGUCCGUCGCGCGGUGUCUGUCGAUGGACUGCGUGCGCGUGACGCUCGGGACAGCGCGUCGAGUCCCUCCCGUCCUGCAGGUGAUUGGCGCUCGCGUCACGCGCAAUCCCUUGUGGGGCUACGAGGUCCAAGAGCGCACGCGGUCAUUGCUUGCGCUGCACUCGGAUCUGCGCGCAUUCAACGUCGUGAUUGGCUGUGGGAGGAGCACUGUCGCGCUCUGUGCUACGAUGAAGCAGACAGCGCCCACGAAGACGUUCAACGUGCAGAUACAGCACCCGCGCGUGCCCUUUUCGUGGUUCGACGCUGUUGUAGUGCCCCGCCACGAUGUUCCGCUUGCAAAAGGCGGUGCGACGAAUCUGUACCGUACGUCAGGGACAGUUCACGCAGUGACGCGCGGCCUGUUGCAGUACCACGGCCGCAAAUGGACCGCCGAGCUCGAGGAGAAGCUUUGUGGUCGACGGAUGCGCGUUGUGUGGCUCGUGGGCGGGCCUUGUCGAGGUUUUGCCUUUACAGAGCAAGAGGCUGAGCACAUGGUGGACGAACUGGGCCGAGCACUACUACGGGAUGACGACGAGCCAGCAGUGCUCGUGACGUUCUCACGGCGGACGCCCGAGUACGUCAAGAAGGUCAUUUGUCGUGGACUGUAUGCGAGGUUGCCGCUGCCUGGACAAGUGCUCGUGUGGGACGGCACGGAACGCCACAAUCCGUACUAUGCACUGCUGGCCAUGGCGUCUUGCAUAGUGACGACGCCGGACUCGAUCUCGAUGACUACGGAAGCCAUUGCAGCGGGCAAGCCGGUGUUUACGAUCGGCGUGGCGGCUUGCAAGGGCAAAUUCCUGCGCUUCCACGAAUACAUGUUCAAGCUCAAGGCUACAGCACCGUUCACAGCCGAUGACGUAGCUGCGUCGCUGCGACGCAAUGUCGAUGACGAAGACAAUGCAUCGUCGUGCGCGCGUGUAAUGCUAGAGAACGAGACCUGCGAGAUUGUAGAUACAAUUGCCAGAGGCAUUGACGAUGCAGUACAACGAAGUGGAGCUUAG